CAUUUAGAACCCAUCUUUGUUUGUUAGCUCUGUUGAUUAUAUUAACAUCGAUUUAGUUCAGUUGUUAUAUGAGCUAGUCAGUCUGGACAUUCGGUCGUAUAUCUAUAAGCAUUCGGGCUUUGCAAUGGCGCAUUCUGGGAGUGCUGCCCUAAAACGCAGAGCUUUAAUGAUCACCUAUAGGCAAACAAAAGACGGUCUAGUUGGAUUUUAACGGCGAUGACCGCGAUGCUAUGCUUUCUACCCUUUACUUUUGUUAAUGAUCUGAUUUGGGCUAGAGCCUUUCCUUUUCCUGCUUUUUUCCCUCUCCCUGGCGUAUGAUAGAUCUGGUCGGGAGCUGCCUCUCGCUCUCGAGCGAGAAGCACAAAAGAUUCUCUAUCUUCAUGUUCUUGUAUGACUCGUCGUAGUCAAUGGAGACCGAACUCUGAAGGGCAUAAAUCUCGAGGAGACGAAAAUGGCCGUCAUAUUUUUGGCAAAAUGACUUACUUAAAUUCUGAGCCUGGGAAUUCGAGAACAUAGAGGGGUAAGUUUGCUGGUUCAGAUGUUUUUCUUGAUAUUAUUAGAUGGAUGCUGCGCUUGUUGCAACGUGACAGGAGCUUUUACAGACAAUACACUGGCACUCUGAUCUGGGGAUGCAAGCCUGUGGAACGCAUGGAUGUCGUUGGUGGUUCUGCAGUGGCCAGCCCAUGCUCAUCUUACCAUCCAAGCCCUGGUGCUUCAUACAAUCCGAGCCCUGUCUCUUCUUCCUUCCCAAGCCCACGCUCAUCCUCCUAUGCUGCCAAUACUAAUCCUAAUGCUGAUGGCAGUUCCCUCAUUCCAUGGCUCAAGAAUCUCUCAUCAGGAUCAUCAUCAGCAUCAUCUUCCAAGCUCCCUCAUCUCUACAUUCAUAGUGGUUCCAUCAGUGCUCCUGUCACUCCUCCACUGAGCUCUCCUACUGCCCGAACACCCCGAACCAAAGCUGACUGGGGUGAGCAGUCCACUUGUCCUGGGCAGGCUGGGCAACAGUACCCCUUCCUUCCCUCUUCCACUCCUCCUAGUCCUGGCCGCCAGGUUUUUAACCCAGAAUGGUUUGCUGGGAUUAGGAUUCCCCAAGGUGGCCCAAAUUCUCCCACCUUUAGCUUGGUCUCUUCAAACCCUUUUGGCUCCAAGGAUGAGGUUUUAGCCGGCUGUGGUUCCCACAUGUGGACUCCCGGGCAAAGUGGGACAUGUUCUCCGGCUGUAGCUGCAAGCUCUGAUCACACUGCUGAUAUUCCAAUGGCUCAAGUGGUUUCAGACGAAUUUGCCUUUGGAAGUAACACAGCAGGUUUAGUAAAGCCAUGGGAAGGAGAGAGGAUACAUGAAGAUAUCGGAUCAGACGACCUAGAGCUCACUCUUGGGAGCUCAAAGACGAGGUGAAGUACUACAUUACUGAAAUUCAGAGGUCCAACGAUAUGAACUGUUCACCCUCUCUGUUAUAUUGUGUAGAAAUGAUAGGCCCCAAGCAGCUGCUCUUUGUUUAAUUUUUAUUAUUUUUUCUUUUCACCUCAUAGAUCUAAUCUGUUGCUAAGUCAUAUACAUAGCUUUAGUUAGGUGUGGGGUGGUUUUUCAACCCUUUUGAUUCCGUCUCUCUCUCUUGCUCAAAACAAUAUUAUUAGAAAGAUUAAUAUACCUGUAUGGAUUGACUCUGUUUGUUUGUCAAAGAAAAGUUACUUGAAAAUUCAA